UCGGAUAAAACAAAGAUGGCGGCCAGCUGAUAAGCAAAGCGAAGGUUGACUAUAAAUUUAAGCAUAGAGAUCAUGGGCAAUGUUGUUGAUACACAGACAAUAGUCAGAGAAAGAUCUAAAGAAACUCAGCUUCUUCAUUCAGCACAAACAGGAAACUUAGAUUUACUCAGACGACUUUUGAAUGCAAGAUCUGAGGGUUGCAGAAGUCAAGAAAAAGCUCCAAGAAACGAUGACAGUAGAAUUUAUUCUUUAGAUAUUGAUUGUGUGAACAGCUCAGCAUUAACCGCUUUGGUUUUAGCCGCUAAAGAAGGCUACRCCGAUUGUGUUAAGCUGCUUUUAGAAGCAGGAGCUAAAGUUGAUGGUGUUGGACAAGGGAAUAAUGCCUUGACACCGAUAUGGAUGGCGACRUACGCCGGCAAUGUUGAAUGCGUAMGAUUGCUAAUUCAAGCAGGAGCGAACUUAAAUACAAAACACCCAGAAACUCCACUGUAUAUAGCAGCCAGAGAAGGACGUACGGGAUGUCUUCAGCUUCUCAUUGAGGCAGGAUCGGACCUUGAAGUCAGGAAUAGCCAAGGUCAAACGCCGCUUUGUGUCGCUUGUAGAGAAAAUCAUAUCGAAUGUAUUAGGCUUCUGGUAUCAGCUGGUUGUGAUGUCAAUGCAUGUGAGAAAUCAGGACGGAAUCCAUUAUUCUAUGCUUGUCAAUCAUUACAGCCAGAUCUUAAGAUUAUUGAGUUACUACUAAAUUCAGGAUGUGAUGCCAAUCACAUUUACAAGAGACCCUGUGGCUUUACACCUUUACAUCUCUGUGCUAUUCGAGGAGAUCCCUGGACAUGUAGAUUGUUGUUGUUAUAUGGGGGUAACCCCUUUGCAAAGGACAAUGAAGGACGUACUCCUAUAGAAGUUGCUCAACAACAUCCUCUACUCAAUGCCUGGCUAGAAUUAUUUGAAGAUUACAUUCCUCCCUUGAAACAGCUGUGUUGUUGGCAAGUUAGAAAGUGUCUACAAUACAAAACAUUUAGAAUAAAAGAACUCCCCAUUCCAUCAUCACUUCACACUUAUUUAUCAGACCAUAAGUUAUGGGUUUUACCAACAAAAGAAUGUAGAGAUUCUAGCGAUGUCGUACUCGAGUUUUAAAAAUACACAUUUAUUUAACUUGAAAAAAUAUUUGGUGUUAAGUACUUGUACAGUWAACACUGGUUAUUAGCCUGAAUGAUAUUAGAACAACAGCAAUAAUAACAAAACAUUACUAGAGAAGUAGACACCAAUUUGUAAAUUUUUAUUCAAUAAAUCAAAAUGUAUAUAUAAAUAUAGUCUUAAAAGAAAAUGAAAAGUUUUCCAUUCCUUAUACUUAUUUGAAAAUUCGUCCAGACACACUAAAAAACUGUGCAUAUUUCCAUCAUURGGUGCAAAAUGCAAAAUCUUAGCAUGCAUGCUCCAAGUCCUUUAUAUUCUAGAUAUUAAUAAUUAUUGAUGAAUUUAAAAUUUCAAGUGUGAUUUUUAUAGAGAUUUUAAAUAUGGUUUUACCAACACUACAAAAACAACGUCGAGAUUCUAGCAACAUCGAAUUGGAAUUCACAAAGAAAUACUUUACAAUAAAAAAGUAAACUUUC